CACUUUUCCAGGUCGACGCCAGCAGUUCAGUUUUGUAGGCCAACGGCAUUGUUAUCGGAAGAAUCUAAAUGUUUCACCACGUGAUGAGUCUGCUUUAUAUCACGGGAUAAAUAGAACCCAACUACCGGGUGCCGGUUCAAACUGCCGCAGUGAGAGAUCGUGAGCGAGACAUGGGAAAGGAUUCGCGCCUCAGAGCUGUCGCAGUGCUGUGCGCAUUAUUCGGCCUAACAUCCGCCACUGGGUGCAUUGGAAGUACUGGGAAGCCAGUGGACUGGUUUGUGGCGUACAAGUUGCCGAAGAUAGAAGGCUCGACUAAGCUCAUCAGAGCGGGAGUGGCACAUGUCUAUCUGGAUGUGGACAACCCGAAAUGGGUUCUUUCAGACACACCAGUGAAUGUCUCCAACCAAGCCAUUGGAUUCACCCUCAACCAGAUAUACAAGGGACCGAAACGAGACGAUAUUACCUACCUGAUGUAUAACGAUGAAUCUCCUGACGGUUCGGUGCAUGAAAACAGGGGCCACCUCAAAGGAGUGGUGGCCUUUGAUGACAAGCACGGUUUCUGGUUGGUGCACAGCGUCCCAAAGUUCCCGCCAAUGGCUAAAGAUGGUUACGAUUACCCCGAGUCAGGCCACUACUUUGGCCAAACGUUCCUGUGUAUCAGUCUUGAUGGCUCGUACUUCAAUAAAAUAGCUAAGCAGCUAUUGGUCAGCUGGCCUUACGUGUUCGACUUCAACAUUCCACAAUCCAGCCGAUAUUCCAAAGAUCGUGACCUCCAGUCAGUUGUGAAGGGCAAACACAAUAAACUACAUACGAGUGUGUAUAGCUUACCAACACUACACAGUCAGACGUUUAUCAGUCUCUCCAAGAAUAAGUACUGGGGACAAGAUUUAUACACAGAUUUGGUUGCUCCCCAUUUCAAGUCAAGCCUAUACACUGAGACAUGGCAGAAUGGAAGCGAAGACAUGCACUCAAACUGCACAACGGUCUACAAGGUUGAAAACAUCCGUGAUAUCGCUCUGCCAUUCUCAAUCAACUUCUCCGAUACAAAGGACCAUGCAAAAUGGGCAGUGACGAGCUCAAAAGGCGUCCAAUGGAUCUGCAUAGGUGACAUAAAUAGACAGGUGUCGCAGAAGCACCGAGGUGGUGGCACUGUCUGUACGAACCAUACUGCUCUCUGGAAGGCCUUCAAUGAUGCAAUAGAAAAAUAUGAACCAUGUCCAGGCGACAGUCAAAAGAUGCAUCAGGAAAAGAAUGAGAGACUCAAAUUUGAACCAGGACAUUUGUAGAUUUUGAAAAGUAUUGCAAGAAUGUGUUGGCAUAAUUAUGCCGAAAGCUUGGGUCAAGUAAAUAAAUAUGGUAUGGUUUUCAAGGUGUAUAUCCAGGAAAUAUCCAGGAAAAUCCUACCUCAAAGCAGAUUUAUGAACUCGUGAAAUGUGGUGUCGAUUUUUCAGAGUGGCAUGGACACCAAGUAACUGCGGCACGAGAUCAGAAAUUUGUCACAUACAUGUAUUUCAACAAGAGCCCAUGGGUCUGGCGCUCAGCUGAAUGUAAAGAUACCGCUGUAAAAAUCCAGAUGGCCCCGUGCCAAAUAAAAAACGAAGAGCUUUGCUCGAUCCA